AUAACAAAACUAUCGUUCUUUUCUUUGUUCUUAUCACUGAUUCACUUCAAAGAAUCGAACACUCUCUCACACUUCCCUAUCAGCUAGGGUUUAUCGAGGGUUUCCUCCUCUCUCUCUUCAACAAUGGCGAAACCUGGCCGAGCUCGCCGCUCACCACCGUCGGGUUCCGCCUCCGGAUCUUCUUCUCUCUCCUCCUCUUCUGGUUCCUCUCGCUCUCGCUCUCGGUCCCGUUCCAGAUCUUUCUCUUCCUCCUCAUCUCCCUCCCGCAGUUCCAAGAGCCGUAGCCGUAGUCCUCCUCCUCAGAGACGCAAAAGUCCUGGUGAAUCAGCUAGGCGGGGUCGAUCUCCUCCUCUUCCUCCCCCUCCCCAGUUUAAGAGAACUUCUUCUCCCACAAGGAAACCUUCUCCUGUACGAGAGUCUCUUGUUCUGCACGUAGAAAAACUCAGCAGGAAUGUCAAUGAAGGCCAUCUGAAAGAAAUCUUUAGUAAUUUUGGUGAGGUGGCAAGUGUGGAGUUGGUGAUGGAUCGAGUUGUUAAUCUUCCAAAAGGAUAUGGGUAUGUGCAUUUCAAGACAAGAGGCGAUGCUGAAAAAGCAUUAUUGUACAUGGAUGGAGCGCAGAUAGAUGGCAACGUCAUUAAGGCAAAAUUUACUCUGCCUCCAAGGCAGAGAGUUUCACCACCCCCAAAGGCUUCUGCUGUUGUUCCAAAGAGAGAGGCGCCUAGGACUGAUAUUGCUGGUGCAGAUGUUGAAAAAGAUGGGCCAAAGCGUCCAAUAGAAUCUUCUCCCCGGAGGAAACCUCUCUCACCACGGAGAAGAUCUCCUGUGCCUCGAAGAGCUGGAUCUCCAAGACGACCUGAAUCUCCUCGCCGCCGUGCAGGUUCUCCUGUCCGUCGUCGAUUAGACUCUCCUUAUCGCCGUGGAGCUGGAGACACACCUCCUAGGAGGAGACCCGUGUCUCCUGGAAAAGGUCGUUCUCCAUCUCCACCACCAAGGCGCUUUAGAUCCCCUGGAAGGGUCUCACCUAGAAGGAUACGUGGAAGCCCAGGUCGGAGACGUUCUCCUCCUCCACCUAUAAGACGCCGUUCACCUCCUAGACGAGCUCGUAGUCCUCCUAGAAGAUCUCCGGUUGGUCGUAGGCGUAGUCGCUCUCCAAUUCGUAGGUCUGCACGCUCACGCUCUAGAUCAUUCUCACCUCGCAGAGGUCGACCACCUGUGAGACGUGGAAGGUCAUCAUCAUACUCUGAUUCACCAAGUCCUCGCAAGGUGUCUCGGAGAUCAAAGAGUCGCAGUCCAAGAAGGCCUUUGAAAGGAAGAGCCAGUAGCAACAGUAGCAGCAGCGCUUCACCACCCCCAGCUCGCAAACCAUAGAUAAUUCUUGUAUAUCUACCGUGUCUGUGUUGAUAUAUUUAUCAGCAUUCUGUACCAGCAAACAAGAAUCGAGUCUAGUUGUAAGGUGUUUGGGGGAUAUUUGACGCAUUUAUGGUUGUCUAUUAUUUGCUAACAUGUUUUCAAAUUAGCGCUUUAAGUAGUUUGAAAAUUCAGCUAUACAUUAAUCUGGGUUUUAAUUUUGGCAAUACUGUUUUGAUCUGAAAUACUACAAAAUUUGUGAGAUAGUAUUUUUAGCCCCUUGCAACCCUACAGUUAGAAUUGAAAAUUGGUUGAAUCAUUUCUAGAAAUUCUGUGGAAUUAUAUGUAACUGACAAUUUGAGUAUGCAAAUAAGGUGUAUGUUUGUGGGACAAAA